UUCUCUUUCUUAUCCACAGAGUUCUUUUCAUACCUCUGCAUCUGUCUGUCCUUCUGUGUGUGUUUGUGUGUGUUUUUUUUCCCGUGUGUAUGUGUGUGUGAGCUGGUCUGUCUGUACGGAUGGCGGAGCUGGAGGGUCUCGAGUUUGGGAAGUCGGACUUUGUGCUCCUGGAUGAAGUGACAAUGAAGCAGUUUAUGGAAAAUCUAAAGCUGAGGUUCGAGAAAGGCCGUAUCUACACCUUCAUCGGAGAAGUGGUGGUCUCAGUCAACCCGUACACAGAGAUGGACAUUUAUGGGAAAGAUGCCAUUGAUGCGUACCGAGGACGAGAGCUUUACGAAAACCCACCACACCUCUAUGCAGUCGCUGAUGCUGCCUACAAGGCCAUGAAGAGACGGGCCAAGGACACCUGCAUUGUCAUAUCAGGUGAGAGUGGAGCCGGAAAGACAGAGGCCAGCAAGUAUAUCAUGCAGUACAUUGCAGCCAUCACAAACCCGACCCAGAGGGCAGAGGUAGAGAGUGUGAAAAACGUGCUGCUGAAGUCCAACUGUGUUCUGGAGGCCUUCGGGAACGCCAAGACAAAUCGCAACGACAACUCCAGUCGCUUCGGCAAAUACAUGGACAUCAACUUCAACUUCAAUGGUGACCCCACUGGGGGACACAUCAACAACUACCUGCUGGAGAAGUCCAGGGUGAUCCAGCAGCAAGAGGGUGAGAGGAACUUCCACUCAUUCUAUCAGUUAUUGCGCGGAGGCUCUGAUAAAAUGAUGGCAGCCUUUCACCUGCAGAAUGAUCCUUCUUUUUAUGUGUAUACCAAACAGGGAUCCAGUUCACAUACUGCUGGCAAUGAUCCCUCCAACCACAAAGCGGUGAUGAGAGCACUGGAAGUGAUUGGCUUCUCAACAGAGGAGAUUGACUCUAUCUAUAAGGUCUUGGCCACCAUUCUCCUUCUGGGUAAUGUCCAGUUUGAGAGUGAUGGUGAGAGUGUCCAGGUGGCCGGCCAAAAUGCUGUGAAUCAUAUUGCAGAGCUUACCACCACCGAGCCAGAUCACCUCGGCAAGACUCUGCUGUACCGCACUGUGGCCACUGGGGGCGGUGAGGUCAUCGCCAAGGGCCACACCGAGCAGGAGGCCUGCUUUGGAAGGGAUGCAUUUGCCAAGGCUCUUUAUGAGAGGCUUUUUGGCUGGAUUGUAGCCCGCAUCAACCGUAUUAUUGAAGUUAAAGACUACAACCCAGUGAUUCAUGGGAAAAACACAGUCAUCGGGGUGCUGGACAUCUAUGGCUUUGAGAUUUUUGACAACAACAGUUUUGAACAGUUCUGCAUAAACUACUGCAAUGAGAAGCUACAGCAGCUUUUCAUAGAGCUGAUCCUUCGCCAGGAACAAGAUGAAUACAAGAGAGAGGGAAUCACCUGGCAGCAUAUUGACUACUUCAACAAUCAGAUCAUUGUGGACCUCGUGGAGCAGCCCCAUAAAGGCAUCAUCUCCAUUCUAGAUGAGGCCUGCCUCAGUGUCGGUAAUGUCACUGACACUGUCUGCCUGGAGAGCAUGAACACCAAAUUGGCACAGCACCCCCACUAUACGUCCCGCAAGCUCAGCCCGACUGACAAGACCAUGGAGUUUCAGAGGCACUUUCGUGUCCGCCAUUAUGCUGGAGAUGUCACAUAUUCUGUCGAGGGCUUUUUGGACAAGAACAAGGACCCUCUUUUCCAAGAUUUCAAGCGCCUCAUGUAUAACAGUGCCAACCCAGUCCUAAAGGAGAUGUGGCCAGAUGGUCAGAUGAGCAUCACAGAAGUCACCAAGCGUCCCCUGACUGCAGCCACCCUCUUCAAAAACUCCAUCAUUGCCCUGGUGGAUAAGCUGGGUUGCAAGGAGCCGUACUAUGUGCGCUGCAUAAAGCCAAAUGAGAUGAAGUCCCCAGUGCUUUUUGAUGAUGCCCGCUGCGAGCAUCAGGUGGCCUACCUCGGCCUUCUGGAAAAUGUCAGGGUGCGCAGGGCAGGCUUCGCCUACCGACAGCCUUAUGCACGCUUUUUGCAGAGGUACAAAAUGACGUGCGAGUACACCUGGCCAAACCACCUCAUGGAAACCGACAGAGAGGCUGUUGAGGCCAUAGUCACCCAGCAUGGUUUCCAGGAUGACGUAGCCUACGGGCACACCAAGCUGUUUGUCCGGACGCCACGGUCUCUCUUCACUCUGGAACAGGAGAGGGCCGCCCUCAUCCCCAUCCUGGUGCUGUUCCUGCAGAAGGUGUGGCGUGGAGCUCUGGCUCGUUUGAGGUGCAAGCGUUUGAGAGCCAUCUACACCAUCAUGGGCUGCUAUAAGCGCUACAAGGUCAAGGCUCACUUCUGGGAGGUGGAACGGCGGUUUGCUAAUGUGCGCACAAUGGCUGACUACGGCAAGAGUGUUGAAUGGCCCAUCCCACCGGCCGCUCUGGCCCAGUUCCAUAGCAUCACAUCCACGCUGCAUCGCAGAUGGUGGGCGAGGCAGAUUGUGAAGAACAUCCCUCCAUCUGACAUGGCGGAGAUGCGGGCAAAGGUAGCAGCUCUUGAGGCUCUGAGUGGGGAGAGGAAAGACUGGGGUAUCAGCCGAGCCUGGGAGAGAGACUAUCUGGCAAACGUGAGGGACUGCCCUCAGACCAGCAGUGGCUUCAUCAGGGCUUCCAAGGAGCUGAAGAACAAAGACCAGUACAGCCAGGUCCUCUUCUCUGCCUUCUGCAGAAAGGUGAAUAGAUUCAACAAAAGCACAGACCGUGGCUUGCUUGUCACAGACAAGCAUAUCUACAAAUUGGAGCCAAAGAAACAGAACAAAGUUUUGAAGAGGGUUCCCUUAGACAUUUUGACAGGGCUGAGCGUGACCAGCGGGAUCGACCAGAUGGUGGCGCUACACACAUCCUCCCAGGAUGACAUCCUCCUUUGCCUCCAGAGAGGAGAGCUGAACUCCAACCAGGACCGUGUGGGCGAGCUGGUGGGGAAUCUGGUCGACUACUUCACACGUGUAAGGAAGGUCCCUUUUCCAAUCAAGGUUUGCUCUUCGGCCAUGCAUCUACACAUGAGGGGUAAGCCCAAGAGUGUCACUGUGGAAACCAAGUCUGGGCAAACCAAUGCAGAUUUCAAGAAGAGUCGAGACGGCUUCAUCCUAUUGCUGCCCAUCAACUAAGCAAGGCCGUCCAACAAACGCCAAGAAACACCAAUACCUCACUGACCCUGGGAUGUACCAUCAGGCCUCUCCAUGGGGGGGUAAGAUCUAAGAGCACACUUACCCAGGGAAAUCAAACUGUUUAGGGUCCCAUCUGUCUGUUCAGUCAUGCAGGCUCUUCUGCAAACAGCACCUCUCAAGGUUUGCAAUCUUGGCUUUGCUCUGCAGUUGGGCCUUUUCCGUUUGACAGAGAUUAGUUGUUACUUGUUCUUUGCUUUGUUAACUAAUGGAUUUACUCUUGAUAAUUGUUUAAAAUGUUCUCUGAAUGGGGAGUCUAAGCAACUGCUCCAGAGUUGCUGGGAAUAUAUCUGCUUUAUAUUCCCCGGGCAUCAGAAAUGCCACAUUUGCCAGACAAUGUCCAAGACACUGAGUGGUUUUGCAGAUAAACUUGGAUAAAUUUGCAGCUUAUUACUAUUGAUGCAAAGGCUCAUGACUUGAUACCUUUCUUUUAGAAACUCAACUGCAAUAUUAGAAGUAUAUUUUUGCUUUAACAUACAGUGUGUAUACAGUAUAUUUUUUUAUACAUAUUAUAUGUACGGCAUAUGAAGACUGAAUUUUUGUUACGUCUUAUAAAUGAUGACUGAACUGAUGAACAAAUGAAAGCACUUUUUUAAUAAUGAAAUACUGAAUAACGCAGAGGAUGAAUAUAACCGAACCAUUUCAUAUGUAUUUUUGUAACUCUCAACAGAAUCAUUUCACGGUCUUUGCAAAAUGAGAGCUAUUUUUGAACAUUGUUUAACACGGCAGACUACGGAAAUUACUGCACGUUGCGAGUAAUAAAGGGAGGAAAGAAAAAUGUAGAAUGCAAUAAAUUAUUCAAAAUGUAUUUAAGCACAUUCUCUGUGUGGUUUUGA